GGCGGUUCAAGCUCAAACGGCGGGCGGCGGGCGGCGGGAGCGGCCUCUUCAACCAUCACGGUAGAUGCAAGAUGGUGACUACAAAACAAGCCUUUGCUGAUUGUCAGCGUACAGCUGCAUCUCACCCAAAGCUGGUGAAACAUUUGACAAGAACUUACUUAAAGAGUGACUUUGAGUAUUUUCUUUCCGAAUUUACGUGUUUGUUGAAGAAAUCCCUUAUAUAUGGAGAUAAGCAGCCAGCUGUGGAAAGGACACUAAACUUUGUGGCUAAAUUUGCAACAAGUAAAAAAUCAGAAACUGAAGAAAAUGGGAAGGAAGAGAAAGCAAAAGAAGACAAUGAUGAGGAGCAAGAGGAGGAGCCAGAGGAAGCAGAUCCUUUCCUUGUGAAAUUGAUCCAAUUUCUACUAAAUAAUCAUGAGGCCAAUAGCCAAGCUGUGCGCUUCAGAGUCUGUCAGUUGAUCAACAAGAUCCUUAACCACAUGGGUGAGGAGGCAGUCAUAGAUGAUGAGCUCUACAGCAAUAUCUAUGACACAAUGUUGCACAGGCUGCAAGACAAAGUACCAAGUGUGCGAGUCCAGGCAGUGUUGGCUUUGGCCCGUCUCCAGGAUCCACGUAACAAGGAGUGCCCCGUAAUCAAAGCAUAUCGUUACCAUCUGUCAAUGGAUCCAAACAGUGAUGUUCGACGAGCUGUUUUGACAAGUAUAGCCAUCACUUUCCAGACUCUUCCUGAUAUUCUGGAGCGUACUCGUGAUGUACGAGAUCUUGUCCGUCGACAGGCUUUUGAAGUGAUAUCCCGAAAGGUCCACUUGAAGUCCCUGACAAUUGCUCAGCGAGUUCGCCUCAUUGCUGAAGGGCUGACUGAUCGCAGUGAUGUAGUUCGAGGAGCAGUGGAAAAAAAUCUGAUCCAGUCAUGGCUGCGCAUGGUCAAUGGAAAUGUACUCGAUCUGCUUUCUUGUCUUGAUGUUGAGACUGCUGUCAAAGAAGCUGAGCUGGCUCUUCAGUCCAUGUUUCGUGAUGUCCCAUAUGCUGACCUGAUUGAAAACUUAGGUCUCAAUAAGGAAACUAGAACCUUGGAAUCAGGGGAAUUAAGGCCUGAAUCAGCACUAUACUGGAGAUGUCUUGCAGAGUAUUUAAGAAAGGAAGGUGCUGAAGAUGCCUUGGAACUAUUGCUUCCAGAAUUGACACACUUCUGCUCUUAUGUAAACAACUUUGUAAUGGUAGAAGUAAUGGAUGAUGGUGACACACAAGAAACACUUGUCAGAUGCAUGGAGAGGGAGUUCAUCACAACACAGCUUGUUUCCAUUAUCAUGCUCUAUGAUUUGAGUGAUGAGGUUGGCCGACGAACAUUAGACCAGCUUGUGAGGAGGUUGUUGGUAUCAGACAAAGUGGGUGAAACACUUGUAAAGGGACUUGUUGAAGUGUUUGGAAAGUUGCACCCAGCAACCACACGUGUUAAUCAGCUAGCAGAAAUUAUUUCUGAAAUAAGAGAACCAGUAACCCGAACAGAGCAACAAGAACGCCCACUGUCAGAUGAAGAACAACGGAAGAGAAAGCUGGAGGCUGCUCGUGUGAAGGUAAAAAUCAACCAGUUGCGAGAAGAAGUAGAGGAGUGUGUGCGCAGUCUUGAUCUUGAGAGAGCUCAAGCACUCAAGAAGGAGCUGGAAGAGUUGGAGAAAGAAUCAUCAGUGAUUGAUCUAAAUUUCUCAACAUCAGAGGAGGUGAUACAAGAGGAAAGAACAGAUCCUACCACUCUCAGCAAAUGCCUAAUGAUAGUGUCUCACAUGAUAGAGAAUCCAGACAUUAUCGUCAUGAAUCCCACCUUGUAUUCCUUGCAUGAGAACUUGGUCUUGCCUUGUCUACGUUCAGAGGAUCCUGCUGUUAGAAACCAAGCAGUUCGUGCACUUGGUCUUUUGUGUCUCAUUUCAGAAGAACUGAGCUGUCAGCACUUGAUUCUAUUUAUGCAGAUAGCAAGAAUUGAUAUAGAGCAGAUUCAACAUUCUGCCCUGCGAUGUGCAAUUGAUCUUAUCCACCUGUAUGGACUUGAGAAGUUCACUGAAGCAGCAGAAGAUAUUUGUGAUAUCACAGGUAUCCCUUCAUCCCCCAAGGAAAAGGAAAAAGAAAAAGAAAAAGAAAAAGAUUCCAAAGAUGGGAUAGUGAGUGAAGAGGAGGGAGGAGCCAUCAUAUCAGCUUUGUGCCAGAUGAUGGACAGUGAGAAUGCUGAAGUUAGAACAACAGCAGCUGAAGGACUUUGCAAGCUGUUGCUGGCAUGCAGGAUCACUUCAGCAAAGUUACUCUCUCACUUGGUCCUCAUGUGGUAUAACCCAAUUACAGAGGAUGAUAGCUUGUUACGACACAUGCUGGGAGUGUUCUUCCCCCUCUAUGCUUCAUAUGGGGGCACUAACCAGGAGAGCCUCUGUGCCGCUGUGCUCCCCACUCUUCAGACGCUUUUCAAUGCCCCAACGCGCUCCCCGCUUGCUGAUGUUGAUGUGGAAGAUGUUGCCAAUUUCUUGGUCUCAAUCACUAGCCCUUCCAUUAUUGCUGAUAGAUCCAAUGAGCAAGUGAACAAUCAUGACAUACUGGUAUUUACACUGUGCAGCGAGAUUUUAGCCUACCCAGAGAGCAGCUGGAAUAAACUGCUCAUUCGAUGCCUUAAUAAUCUCAGUCUUUCACCCACCAACUAUUCUACCCUAAGACAAGUAGAUGUUUUGGCAAUGAAAUUACUUAAGCGUGUUAAAGAGCGUGUGUGUAUCAAUGGCCUGGAGCGCUUCCAGCAGACAGUGCAGAAUCUACUGAAGGAUGCCCCAGAAACAGAGGUUACGAUUAAAGAGGAAAAGCCUGAUAAUACUACAAUAACAGAAGACUUAAGUGAAACAACAGGUAUCAAUGGCCUGGAGCGCUUCCAGCAGACAGUGCAGAAUCUACUGAAGGAUGCCCCAGAAACAGAGGUUACGAUUAAAGAGGAAAAGCCUGAUAAUACUACAAUAACAGAAGACUUAAGUGAAACAACAGAAAUGAAUACCCCUGGGAAUAAAAGCAUAGAAAACACAUUCAUGAAGAGAAAAAGAAUGCUGUACAACACCACAACAUUCUCAGACCCAGAGAUGUUUUCAAGUGAACCUGAGUCAGAUUGUGAGGCAAGUCCCUCAAAGCGUAUCCCUCAAGUGCCAGAUCUGGUCCUGCCAGGGGAACUGAGUGAUGUAGGAUCACCCAAACUUGCAAGCACACAAAAGGAUGAAGGUGACUCAAAGGAAGAGGAGAAUUCAAGAGUGGCUAACUUGGUCUCAGCUGAAGAUGGUGAAGUUGAACUAACGUUUACAAGUGAGAAGAAGGAGAAAGAUGGCUCCAGUUCUGACUUGUUUGAUUCAUCCGAUGGCACCCCAAAACAACCUACUCGUCGAUGCAGAGCUCCAGGAAGCCCAGAUUUGGGAAAAGCUGCCAAGAUUGCAAGAUCAUCUGUAUCCUCUAGAGGAACUGAUGAUGAGGACACACCACCAAGAUCAAGCAGAAGGCAAAGCAGAAAGAAGGAAGUGUCGCCUACCACAGAUACUUCUCCAGCACUGAGAGGGCGAAGGCGAAACAAAAAAGAAACCACUACCACAGGAGAGUCAAGUGAAGAAGAAACCACUUUACCUGCCAAAGUUCCGCGUACCACCAGGACCCCAGGCAAUAAAGAGAGUAAGGAAGAAAACGUCUCAAGUGGAAGAGUUACACGUAACAAAACUUCAGCAACUCCUUCCCAAGACACUUCCAGCAAAUCAGCCUCAACUAGCAGAGGCAGACCAUCAAGAUCCUCAACAACUGUAGUACCUGAGACAGACUCAUCGGCAUCCAGUGGAAGAGCUGCAAAACAGAAGGAGGUAGAGGACACUCACCUGAAAGUCACUCCAGGCAACAGAAAGACCAAACCUGAGGCCGCCGUCAGUGAAACUCGCUCCGGUCGAAGAGGCAGGGGUUCAGCACAAAAGGAUUCGCAAGUCAUUGCAGGUGAAUCGUUGCAGUCAUCAACAACGUCUCGCUCAACGACAAGAGCUUCACAAGUUUCCACCACUAGUGAAGAUACCACACCAGUGCGCAGGUCAGGCAGAGCUGCAAUACUCUCCCAGAGUACGGACUCAGAGUCUGAGAGGACCCCAACCCCAAGGAGAUCAGCACGUUCUUCAGCAACCAAGGAAGUAAAUAAGAAGAGGAAAUAGAAAUUUAUAGUGUGUAAUAUAUAUAUACAAAAAUAUUAUCUUUCAAGAGAAACUAAACCAUACUUUUUUGGUUAGGAUAAAAGAAUAUUUGUACUAUGUGCCUAAAUUAUUAUUUUUUUUUAUACCUGGUGUUUGAUAUUCUGUAAGGAAGUAAUUAUAAUUUUGAUAUAUUUUAGUCAACUGUUGUGUGGUCAAGAGAAUGGUUACAUUGCAAAAAAAGAAAAAUAUGCAUUCCUUUAUUUUAAUGGAACAGUAAUUUGCAAACUAAUGGAUUUUAAAACCACAAGUCCAGAAGUAGCUAGACAUUAAAUUUUUGUAUGGAGUAGCUUUCAUUUUUUUUUUAUUAUUAUCCAUAAUUGAUUUUAAAAAUCAGAAAAUGGUUUACCAGUUUUCUCUUUAUUACAUCAUCCAGUACAUUUAUUAUAUAUAAGGAACUUCUAAAAUAUAUAGAAGUAUAAAAAUUGUAUUUAAGUCAUUGAAAAAUUAUUUGUUUGGUUCCUAAUGCAUUCAUAACAACCAGCAUAUCUACAGUUGAAUUUAUUAUAUUUUGGUGAAUUACUGAAACAGAAAUAUAUAUUUCUUUUACAUUAUACCAAUAAACAAGAUUUAUGAAAA